AUGUUCCUGGCACGAUUCUGUUGUUGUUGUGCCAAACGUAAUAAGGAUGUGUAUCAUGUGAAUACGUUACCAUCAUAUAAAACAGUUGAACCGCUAUAUGUCGUCACACCACCUGGGCGCCCGUUGAUGCCGGAUCAGAUCUACUCGACACCAUAUUCCGGUAGUCCGUUACCGUAUCCACCACCACCGGGUGCUAGUGUACCCGUAACGCCAACAUCAACAUAUAGACAUGGUGUAAAUCAUGAAACUCCCACGAUGAAAAAGCCACAUCCGCGAAGUGAACCCGGCUCCAUACGACGCGGUCCUGGAUCAGAGUAUUCUGCUCCCGGUGGCGUCUACGCCCCACCACAGCUUACACCGCCUAUGAUUCUGCCACCUACGGAGUUGUACGGAACAAGUACGGAGCAUAUCCUUACUGUAUUACCGUGCUCCCUAAUAACACAAAUUACAGUACCUCGUGCCACGCUCAUACCACGCAACGGACCAAUGGCACCGAUACAGGACCCAAAAGAUCUCCCAUUCCUUGAUCCAAAUCGAAAACAAGAAACACAAACAAGAGAAGAACUGAUAUAUUAG